AUGAAGCUCGAAGCUGAAGGCCGUUACGAAGAUUAUGAUGCAGUUUUUAAGGAAUGGGAAGACUCUAAAAUAAUAGAAUUGGUGCCAGAAUCUGAAAUCGGGGAAGCUUCUCACUACCUACCACACAGAGGAGUUUUUAAGGAACAUUCUACAACUCGUGUCCGGCCAGUAUUCGACGCCUCUUCACAUGAAAAAGGUUUUCCUUCGCUGAAUGACUGUCUUGAAAAGGGACCUAAUCUUUUAGAAGAAAUACCACCAUUGUUAAUGAGAUUUCGGAUGGACAACAUUGGUGUAGUGUCAGACAUUAAAAAGGCCUUCCUGCAAAUUUCUGUUGUUAAAGAAGAUCGAGAUUUCCUUCGUUUCCUCUGGUGGGAAGAUUUUGAGAAGAAAAAAUUUAAGAUUUUUAGACACAAGAGAGUAGUUUUUGGACUCACGUGUAGUCCUUUCCUUUUGUCUGCAGUAAUAAAUGCAAUUCUAGAAGCAAGUCCAUCAGAUAUUAAAGACACUGCUGAUAGUUUGAAAAAGUCUUUUUAUGUUGACAAUUGCAUAACUUCAGUACCUAAUCAACACAAGCUUGAGAAAUUUAUUCAGGAAUCGACCCAAUUGUUACAUAGUGCGUGUUUCGAUCUCAGAGGAUGGGAAUACUCGCACGACAAUUUCACUGAUGGAAAGCCUACUCAUGUGUUGGGAUUACUCUGGGACAAACAGCAAGAUAGCAUCUUUUGCGAUUUGAACAAUAUUAAAGAAGUGAAACCUAUCCUAACAAGAAGAUGUGUUUUGUCUACAGUUCAAAAGAUUUUUGAUCCUCUUGGUAUUUUGUGCCCAGUCACUCUACCUCCUAAAAUCAUAGUACAGCACACUUGGACUCUUAAAAUAGGAUGGGAUACAGAAUUACCAGAAAAUUACCGAAAAGAGUUUUUGACCUGGUGUGAUGAUUUGUCCUUAUUGAAUGACGUUAAAAUUCCAAGAUGCUUAGGUAUGAGUGAUUUAAAAACUGAAUUUAGUAUUCAUGUAUUUUGUGAUGCCAGUAAACUCGCAUACAGCACAGUUAUAUUCCUUCGAAAGGUCCAAGAAGAAAAGAUAUCCUUACAUUUUAUACAAGCCAAAAGUAGAGUAGCUCCACUACACAAGAUGACUAUUCUACGGUUGGAGUUACUUGCCUGUUGCAUUGGAGCACGUCUUGCCUCGAUAACAAUAAAAGCGAUGGAUCUAAAGGAAGUACCUAUCAUUUACUGGACCAAUUCUUCAACCACUCUUUGUUGGAUUAAGAGAGAAGAGAACUGGGGUGUGUUCGUCAAUAAUCGAGUAAAAGAAAUCCGAUCAUUAACGGAAAAGACUUCAUGGAAACACUUACCCGGGGAGCAGAGCCCAGCAGACUUACCUUCCAGAGGUUGUUCCGCAAACGUCUUCUUAAAAUCAAAGUGGUGGGAGGGACCACCAUGGUUAAAAUUGCGUGUAGAAGAAUAG